AUGAACUGGAGUAACAUUGUCCAGACAAUAGUCUUCCUUUCUCUCACUGGCCCUGGCAUUGUAGGAAAUAUCUUAAUGCUUGUGAGACUUGUGUACACUUCAGCCUUCAGGACUGAGAAGAAGCCUGUCAACCUUAUCCUCAUCCACUUGGCAUUUUCUAAUAUGAUCAUUAUUUGUAGCACAGGGAUCAGAGAUAUAGCCACAGUGUUUUAUUUCAGAAACUUCCUCGGAGAUAUUGGCUGUAAAGCUGUUGUUUAUCUGGCAAGGUUGGCACGGGGCCUUUCCAUCUGCACCACCUGUCUCCUCAGUAUGGUCCAGGCUGUCACCAUGAGUCCCAGGACAACCAUUUGGAAAAAGGCCAAACCACAGACUUCGUGGCAAGUUCUUACUUAUGUCUUCCUCUUUUGGAUCCUUAAUAUUCUCACAAGUUCCAAUUUGUUGUACUAUAUAACAGCAGGCAGUGGCAUGAACAGAUCGGGAGUUACAGGGUACAUUGGGUAUUGCUAUAUGCUGCCAUCCAGGCACAUCGUUAAGUGGCUUUUCCUCUUGCUCAUGGCUGUUCGUGAUCUCGUCUUCCAGAGUCUCAUGGGCUGGAGCAGUGGAUACAUCUCUUUUCGCCUGUAUAAGCAUCACAAGCGUGUCCUCUACCUUCACAGCUGUAGGUUUGUAAAUAGUUUCAGCCCAGAGAUCAGAGCGGCACAGAGUGUUGUCAUUCUCAUGAGCUGUUUCCUUUUCUUUUAUUGGGCAGACUUCACUUUCUCUUUAUACACAGGUUACAUGGUGAGUCAUGAUUCCAUUAUACUAAAUAUUAAAACAUGUCUAGUACUUGGUUAUGCUGUUCUCAGCCCCUUUAUCCUGAUGAACAGAGAUGUCCCUGUUGCUAAAUCCUAG